CGCCCUCGCCUGCUUUUACUCACCGAACGUCGUCUUUAGCCGAAGCCGAACACAGAGCUCCUCGACUGCCGGUGCUACACCGGCUGAGAUCAAACGGCAGUCAUGGCGGCGCCCUUAGCCCAUUUCGACGAGGACUGGCAGGACUUCAACGAAUUCCAGCCUUCGUCGGACUCUAACGAACAGCUGGACCAGCUGAAUUCGAAUGUCGGUGACCCGUCAGGCCUCGACGAUUUCUCGGACUUGGACAACUGUUUCUCCGGAGAGAUCUGCAGCUUCAAGUCGAUGGAGGACCUCGUUCACGAUUUCGACGAAAAGCUGACAGAUUGCUUCCGAAACUUUAACACCACAACGGAAAACAUAGCUCCAGUCAACCCUAUAACGGAGGAAAACUUCCUGAAAGACGACGAGGUGUGGAACGCUCUGACCAACAACUACGGCAACGUGAUGCCUGUGGACUGGAAGACUUCCUACACUCGUACCCUACACCUUCCAUCGCUCAAGCUCACGCAGAACGAGAAGUUGGAUAAUCAGUCGUUGGAUCCGUCUGAUGAUGAUGACGAGGAGCUGAGGGAACAGCUGGACAUGCACUCCAUCAUCGUCUCCUGCAUCAACGACGAGCCGCUCUUAACCGCAGACCAGGUAAUAGAGGAGAUUGAAGAGAUGAUGCAGGAAUCUCCAGACCCUGACGAUGAUGAGAGCCCCUCCCAGUCCGACUUGUCCAUGCUCUCUCAGGACCUCCAGGGUUUGAAGCGGUCCGGCUCCAGCUCGAGCUACGAGGAACGGCUGCGGCAGAUGUCCAUGUCAGAGCUCUCCCAGACUCUGGAGGAGGUGGAGACGGCCAUUCGCCGCUACAGCGAGGAGCUGAUCCAAGCCCUGGCACUGCGGGAUGAGCUGGAUUUUGAGAAGGAGGUUAAAAACAGCUUUAUUUCGCUGCUGAUUGACGUGCAGAACAGGCAGAAAGAACAUCGUGAGCUGCGGCGAAAGAAGAAGAAAGUCAAAAGUGCAUCUCUGUCGGGGCCAAACGGUCAGAGAGCAGCCAGCACGCAUGUUCCCGGCACGCUCCUCACUCUGGAGGGACUCUCCAAUGUCAUUCAAAACGGCUUCCGUCAAACUUUUGGCCACACAGGAGGGGACAAACAGUACCUGACAACCGUAAUCCCUUAUGAAAAGAAAGCUGGCUCCCCUUGUGUAGAAGACCUUCAGAUCCUCACAAAAAUCCUCCAUGCCAUGAGGGAUGACAGUGACAAAGUUCCUGCUCUGCUCACAGACUACAUCCUCAAAGGUAAACAUUCACACCUUUCAUGACCUUUUUGACCUCUUUAUGUUAUUUGCCCCCAAAACUGUCGAUUGUUAUUUAGGUUUAUGAUCUGCCAUCACAAAUUCUCAAAGUAUUAGUUUUUUAAUCCCAAACUGGUGAGCCUGGACUCUUUGUUAACAUGUGCCUCCCUUGUCUCUCACCUGUGCUGCACUGUCCUUUGGGUAGCUCUGGUAUGAGAGCAGUGGAACCUGGAGGUUUGUGAGAUUAAACACAGAUCCUUCACCUUCAGCUCUGUACCUCACACCCCCCUGCUCUUUUCUUCCUCUCUUAAACAGCCCCCCCCUCCGCCCUAGCGCCGCAUUCGCAUCCAAACUUGCUUAGAAGUCGCCAGCUUCUCACCCGUAGCUCCUGUUUCCUCCUCACUCAAAACACUCUGUCGUCUUUUAGUCGCCCUUCCAUCGGCCACCGCUCUCCUUUAAGCUCCACAAGUCCUCAAAGCUCUUGUUUAUUUCCCACGGCUGGUUUUUGUCUCCACAGUUCUUUGUCCGACGUAAAGUGGAAGUCCAGUGUUUCCAGAGUCGUCCAUCCAGAAGAGGAUGAUUCAAGUCCUUCCUCUCUUCCUCCCCGAUAGACUGGUUAUUUUAAGCAGUUUGUUCUCUCUGCAAUCCUUUGUUCUUACUUUUUCUACUUGUUUCUUUUUUGUUUUGUUUUUAAUCUUGGCUGUAAGGUGACCUGCCAAUAAUCAGUGUUAGUCCAGACACCUUACUUCCUGUUCCUUUCAGGUGCUUUUGUAUGUGAAGGAUCAGGGAAACGACGAGGUGUUUCCCUUUUUCCAAUCAGGGGGAUGUCGUCCAAUCUCUCUGUUUUUGUUCAAUUAACAUUCGUUUGUGUACGAUUUUUCUUUUCUUUUUUUUAACGUUUCAUUCUUAAACAAAUCCUAGCAUCCUGGCAUUAUUUCAGAUUUUCACUUUCUGUCAUGAAAUCCUGCUUAAUUGCACAUUUUCAGUCUGGAAACUUUUAAGGACGUAACUGUAACUGAAUUUAGUUUUUUUUUUUUUUCUGUUUUUUGUUUUGGUUUGUCCUCCAUUUUGGCUAAAACUCAUUUGUUUAAAAAUGAAAUAUUUUCUACUCAAUUGGGAGAAAUUGCACAGCUGUGAAUCCAUUUGUCUUUUUUGCUAUUUUUUAAAAAAAAGGGACAGAACAGAGCAUAUUUUUAAAAGAAAAGGGUUUAUAGAAAGGUAUUUUGUAAUUGCUGUUUAUAGACUCCCGAGUCCUCUCAUAGUUCCCCCAACUCCUCUUUUUAGUUGCAGCCAAACAUUUGGUUUUGUUGUUGACUUAAUUAAGUAGUUUAGGUCUAGAUUAAAAGCUCCAUGAUAGGUUUUAGAUUGCAGUGGUUUGAAACGUAUGGUAGCACUUUACUCUGUCAAUGAUCUGGUUUUGUGGUUGUGAGAAAAUCCUGUUAGGAGCCUCAGCCUGCGGAGAAUCAUGCAGCGGUUUCCUUUAUUAGGAGAAGUGGCUGUGAGCGUUAGCACCGCCAUAGAGGGGCCCUUUCAGUUUUUACCAGACAAUAAAACAAAGAUGUUGAGGUCAAUUGAAUUGGUGCUGCAGCGAUGAAAUGUUUCUUUUUUAUGUCCAAGGUUUGAAAAAACAAAAAGAAAACGGUUGUCUUUCCUGAUUUUGGUCAACCGAGGACGUAAAGACCCACUCUGAUCAACCUUUGACCUCUUGUCAAGGCGUUCUCUGUGGUCGUUUAAUUAGGAUUAAGCCAUUUUAGAGGAAAUAAAUACCCGUGUUGUUUUCUAGGACAGAGUUUUUGCAGGAAUUCAUUUGAAAUUUUACCCUCCCCGUUUGCUGAGAGCUCUCUGUUUACACUUUCUCCCGCCAGCUUACAGCCCCUCACACCCCCCAACCCAGUAUUACCGGAGCGUCAUAAAAAUAUCCAGCAGUAUCUAGUCUUCUCGCCCAGCGUAUUUUCUAUCAAUUGUGACCUUUUUAAAACUUUCAGACUGCAUUUUUAUUCUCCUCCUAAUUCACAACAAUUUUGAAUCAAACAAGUCUCAGAAAUGCACCUUGAAGCUUAAUUUAGUUUAUAUAUGUCUUCCAGCAUGAGCGAAAUGCCACAAGAACAUGUUAAAAACAGCAUUUUCAUCAGAGUGGGUCUUCAAACCUUUUUUUUUUUUUAGGAUUAAGUCUGAAUUCUUUCAUUCUUUUUCUGUGCGCGAGGCGUUUAUUUAUUCUGCGCAGCAACCCCCCCCCCCCCCCCCCACCAGAAAAAGAGAUGGAAGAGAGGCUGCCUGUAAUGGCAGAGUUUCCCUUUCUGACCAUGAGCCCCCACACAGGGAAACCUUCAGAUCUCUAGCUGCUCCAGCCAUCAGAUCCCUCAGGUACAGACGGCAGAUCUUUGACUCUUUCUUCAUCCGUGCAAAGACGUAUUGUCAUCGCCUUGGCCAGAAUUAUAAAUAAAAUGAAUAUUUAAAUGCUUUGAAGUUGUAGUUGGCUGGAUGGGGCUGCAGCAUCUGCUCAAUGAAAGGGAACUAAAGUUGAUGAUGGGACUUAUUUUCUUAAAAAAGGAUUUUUCUUGAUUCUGCACAGAGGGAAGCUGACAUAUCAGUGGUCCAUUUAUAGUUUCUGAAUGAGAACCACAGCUCACAGUGCUAUAUAGAAAUAUAUAUGAAAACAAUGAGGGGACAGCAGGGCCUGCAUGCACUUUACUGCUGCGAGCCGGUUUCCCAGAAUUCCUUUGUAAACAGACAUUUUGUUAAGACACUACAGAAAGCCUAGGAUUCAGUUUAGUUUGGUUCAAAUCUGAUGAUGCUGCAGACAUCUAUGGCAAUACUGUUGAUGAGGAUUUUCUAAUCCGCCUCUCUUGGCAAACAUAUCAGUGCAACUCAAAUGACAGAUUUAUACUUAUAUGUCUUUGAAAAAGAACAAAAAAAACAAAGCAAGAGGCUGCCUUUCUAAAUGUGUACGUUCAUGACCUCUUAAUGCAAAGGUAAUCCCUCAGUCUGAGGGUUUAUGUUUACUGUUUCCUGUGGAUUUGCAGUAUAUUAAUUUAUUAUGUAAAUGUUUUGUAACCAUGGCUGUUAAAGUGUUUUACAUUGCACCUCAUUUAAAAUAAAAAGAGUACAUGUUC